CCAACAAAAAAAAAUAAAACUUCCAUACGUAUACUCCUUUGCUUUCAUAUCUACCACAUUUUUCAUUGUUCUUAUUCAAUUUCAUGUUGACUUUUCUUAUUCGAUUGCUCCAAUUUACACCCUGUUCAUAUUUGCCGCAAUUAGUAACUUGAUUUCCCUCCAUACUUUAUAUGGUUUCCUUCAAUUUAUUACAGAUUACACUAUAAAUACCAUCCAUACCUUAUUCUGUACAUUUCCAAUUCUUUGGUUAAAAAUCUUUCAUAUAAUCAAUUUUCUUCAAUUUCAAAGCCAAUUCAUUUGAUAUCUUUCAUUAAAUUUGGAUAAUUUGUAUUCUGGGUAUUUAGUUAAUCCCCUGUUCUCAAAGUUCUAGGUCACACAAAUCAAUGGCAGCUGACUCUUCUCAACCUAGAUCAGUCCACGAAUUUGUUGUCAAGGAUGCAAGUGGAAACGAUGUUGAUCUCAGCAUUUACAAAGGGAAGGUGCUGUUGAUUCUCAACGUUGCAUCACUAUGUGGUCUUUCCAAUACAAACUACACAGAGCUGACUCAAUUGUAUGAUAAGUACAAGGGCCUAGGUUUGGAAAUCUUGGCAUUUCCAUGUAACCAGUUUCAUAACCAAGAGCCAGGAACUAAUGAGGAGAUCGUGGAGUUAGCAUGCACAAAAUUCAAAGCCGAAUUCCCCAUUUUUGACAAGAUUGAAGUGAAUGGUAGUAAUGCUGCCCCAAUCUUUAAGUACUUAAAAUCAAACAAAAGCGGGUUUUUGGGAGAUGGAAUCAAGUGGAACUUUACUAAGUUUCUUGUUGAUAGAGAUGGUGUCGUUGUUGACCGUUACUCACCAUUUACUUCCCCAAAGAGCAUUGAGAAGGACUUGAAGAAACUGUUGGGCAUCCCAAAAUAAGGGUAGGCUUAUAAGGAGGCAUCUUGGCCAUGAUAUGAUACUUGUGAAUAAGAGUGACUAUAUAUUAACGUCAUUUUCGUAUUUCAUUUGUGUUCGCUAUCACCUGUUAUUAUGAUUCCCAUUAGCAUAAAGGCUGUUCUUUGGCAAUGUAUGUACUGUUUGUCAACCUUCCAAUAUUUGAUAAUGUAAAUUAUGCUCAAGUUUUUAUUUCUUCA